AACUCAUACUAAUAGUUGGAACACGGGUUGGGUCGGGUUCUAUGGGUUGUGUAAUCCAAAAUCCAAACCCAACCCAAAAGAGGUGGGUUGUACAAAAGAAAACCCUCACCCAACCCAAAACCUUCGUUUUAGCGAUAAAUACGGGUAGAUUGGGUUGGGUUGAACGGAUAGGUCGGUUUGCGGGUUUGUUUGUUCACCCCUAAUACAAGUUGCAAAGGAAAUCAUUAAAUUGGUUAAUACUUAAAACUUAAUAGUUAAUACCCAUCCAAAGUAGGAUGAUCGCUGCUGUAGAAGAUCUAGGCUCGCGUAAGACCUAAGAUUCGGGCUGGUUAACGUUAAUCUCCCUUCUCCAAAUUUCUCUGCUUCCCAGGUUGAGGAAUGAAAUUGAGUCCCCAGUGAACUAGAAAAUCGCGGUGAUCAUUUGAAUUUGGGCACUAGGGUUUCUAACUGCCGAUCCUCGUCUGUUCAUAAGAAAUUUCGCGCGAAAACAUGGAUCCCGAAGGGCAGCGAGGAAGCUCCGCCAAUCCCUCUGCGAUGCUCAGUUCCCUUCUCAGCAAGAGAGCCAAGCUUCACGAAGAGCUACGCAGCAUCGAAAGACAGGUUUAUGACAUGGAAACCAGCUACUUGCAGGAUCCGAGCCAGUGCGGCAAUGUAUUGAAAGGUUUCGAGGGAUUCCUAUCUUCAUCUAAGAACACUGCACUCUUGAAGCGGUCUAAGAAGUUUCAGCCUGAAGAUAGACUAUUCUCAUUAUCUUCAGUUACCUCACCUGCAGCUGAGGAGCCAGCGCUUGGACGAGAUGAUGGCAAAUCAGACUUUGGUCCUGGUCGGUCCAAGGGUGGCGGCAUAUAUUCAAACGGGCAAGGAAAACCAAAGAGGGGAAGAGGCACACCAAGAGAUGCCAAGAGAGUCAGGGCUUCAGCGGAUCCUGACUUUGACUAUGAUGAUGAUCCUGAUUUGAUGUGAAAAAAUCAGCUAGCUACUGGUAUCGGCACCAGCAGAAGCAUGAACUCUGUCUUUACAAGACCAGGAAAGAGGAGCCCUUAGGAUGUUCCCUCUGCAGAAGCAAUGGAGCGAUCUUUCGUCAUGUAAGCAAUUUCUGCUUCUCUUGCUGAUUGACGUUGGUUUCUUUAUACUCGGGGAUGGAGUUGGAUUGUGCUGUUAUUUUGACUCCUCGGUCCUCACCAAGCGUCUUCUUUUAUAUGUAUGAACAACCUUGAUGUACAGUCCAAGCUUUUGAAUUUUAACUUUUAUGCUUUUUCAAUUUUAUUGAGUUGGAUUGUGCUUGUAUUUUACUACCAACAUGUUUGGAUAUGUACAAUUCCGUAACAAAUGGAAUACCAUUUC